UAUUAUAUCUACAGGUCUGUGUUUUACAUUCUAGUCACAUGACCUUAAAAAUGGUGGACGAUCCCAAACGUUUUCUAGCUCUUCUAAAUGGUAUUUCACGUAGAAAUUAUCUUGGGCAUUCAGAAUUAACUGAUGAUUUUCUUAAACAAGAAAUAUAUCCAGAUGCAUCAGAAGAAGAUUUCUGUCGAAUAUGUUCAAGAGUGGCCGGAUUAUUAAAAAGUCUUGUGUCUGCUGACAUGGACAUGAACCAAUUAGAAGUAUUCUUAACAGCUCAGAUGAAAAGAAAAGAAGGAACUUUAUCAGAAGAGCAAGCAGCUUCAUUAAGGAAAUUCUGGAAAACAAACAAACAGAAAAUUCACGAAAGCAUAGUUUCACAGACGAUGUGGGGCAAUAGUUUGCAAAAAAUAUCCUGGCGCGUAGAUUUAAAAUCUCAGUCGAGACAUGCAGAACAUAUAAAUACUCCAACUGCUAUUAUGGAACUGCAUAUAGCAGAUAAUCUUAAUACCAGCAAGGUCCCAGAAGUCGUGAGGCUGGAACUAGAUGAAACAAAGUUAUCAGCAAUGCUACUGAACAUGAAAGAUAUUGAUGACCAAAUUAAUAAACUUAUCAAAAGUUAAUUGCCUAUUACAUGUAUGUUUUUAUCUUCUGGUGAUAAUUAAUAGCAUUUGCUAUCUGGUAGGCAUAAAGCAAUAUUUUUUCUUAAUGUUGUUAUUUUUAAUGUAUUCGUCAUUAGUGUGGCUGUUGCUUAUGGGCUCUGGGGUAUCGAAAGAUAGUUUCCAGGACAGUGCCUACCAAGAUUAGAAUAACCUAGUGCUGGCCACUCCUCCUCCUCACCCCUACCCUCAUUUUUUAAAACUCUCACUUUGUCAGCCAACUAUAGUGACCCCCUAAAAGAUCAGAGGAAGUGAUCAAGUCCUGCCUUAGGAUAUAACUCAUUUUGAUUUGUUUGAAUGAAAAACAGCAUCAAAAUUCAACUAUUGAUUAAUUGUUAUUUAAUAGAUAUAUUUAUCACUUUAAUGUGCAGUAUUCUGCUAGUUUCUGAUCUAAUUAGGCUGUGUUAUGGCUAAAAGUCAUCACUAUUUAACUCACAGAAAUGUAGUUUGUUUUGCAUGAAGUACACAAUGUGCAAAGAAAACCCAAGUUAGAUUACUUGAUUAAUGAUUUGUUUGCACAUCAUGUACAUUGUUUAGUGUCUUUAUUUGUACUAUGUCAGACCAUUUUUCAUAAAAUGUAUAUAAUUGUAUGUUAUGUAAUGAUCUUUUAAAGAUCCUGCAGCAUAUUAUAUAUAUAUGAGAACAAACAACAAAAUAACAAAACAUAUGAUAUAACUUAUAUUAUGAACUGUAACCAUAAAUGUUAUAUACUUAUAGUACAUGUUUUAAUUCUUAAAAAAAAUUUAAGACACUACUUUAUACUCAAGGUCGAGUCCAUUAUUACAAUUUGGUUUAAAAGAACAGUUGUCUGUACUUGUGUAUGUGUUCUCUGUAGGCCUUUCUCUGUAAAAGUUCAUUACCAUAAAUAAUGACUUUUAUGCAGUAUAUCAUAUUUGACCAUUGAUGCAUCAUUAAACUUUUUACAAAGCUUAUAUCAACUCACUCUGUCUGGUAAAAAAUGUGUACACGUUAUUUCUCCUACUAAUCUUGGAUGAAGUUGAAAUUUUGUACAAUUAUUCUUUUACCUGACAACACAAGAAUCAAUAAAAAAAAUUAACCAAUUAGUUAAUUAACUAUUGGUAAUAAUUUAUUUUGUACUUAACUGAAGUGGUUGUAUAAGCUGAAUUAGUCUCUCUUGUAGGUCGUUGCUUUAAAGUAAGUUUGAAACAAACAAUAUAAGAUACAAUCUUUUAUUUUCAUAUUCACCUCACUAACAUAGUGAUUAGUAUGUCUGCUUGAUGAGGGAUGAGCCAUGAGUUCGAAUUCAGGUCAUUCCUCCCCCCCCCCCCCUUUUUUUUAAAAUGCUUUUAAAGAGUGAUUGGGUAAAAUUCACCCAGAUAUCCCUUUCUCCUCCCCCCCCCCAUUUUACAACUGGUCCAGAUAAGUGAUAGGAUCAUAGCGUAUUGAGAAAACUUUACAUGACUGAUCCAAACUAAUUGAUACAAUUACACUUUGUAGGCCUAUAACCUUUUUUUUUUGUUGAAGUAUUUGUUUUCCUGUUUGAUCCUUUAUUAGAUUUACUGUAUGUGCAACAAUUAACGCUGUGUUGUCCACCUGAGAUAUAAGUUUCCUGCAAGGCAGGAGUGGGGCGGCGCGCGUUUCUCGACAUUCCCAGUGUCAGAGUUGCCAUUGGUCGCGGCGGAUUCCUCCACUAGCGCGCCAGGGAACGGGCUAGAUAGAGCCUAGCUCGUGGGCGCCAGCCGGUCCGCCCGACGCAGCCCGCUAAGGCCGCGCCAGUCAGUCCAGUCUUUGCCCAAAGAGAGACCCGCGAAUCAGCCGAGUCCCAGGAGAACCCGACCAACCCUCGAGUUGGUGUCCAUCGCUAUCCGCUUUUCGGAGAACCCGUGAGUCUCUUAUUAACCGUUGCCCCGGCGCCCCACAGGGGGGGGGGGGUCUGGACAUAGCCCCUUUGAUUUCCUUUUACACUUGUUGCCGGCUGCUCAUUCAUCAGCGGCAAGCAACCAGUAGGCAAUGUUGGGAAAAAUUACUUUUAAAUUCUUGCAUUUCAAUGACGUUUAUUAUUAAUUUAUUGUAGUUAAAAGUUAGGCAAUCCAUCACUGAGUACUGGCACCUAUAAAAAAAAAAAAGCACUGUUGUCAAGGCUUGUUUUCUUCUCUAGUAUACGUAUGUGUACUUCAAUGCUGAUUACUAAAUGUACCCAAGUCCUGGGCAAUACCGUAACGACACAUAUAACGACAGAAUAAAGAUUCAGGAUGCCAAUUCACAGACAUAUAACAUUCUUUUUACAUUGAAUACAUGCUUAGUUCUGACAGAUGAAAUAUCCAUUAUCAAUUAAAAUAUAACAGCUCAUUAUCCCAUAGACUGAAUAAUGACUAUACCGGUACAGAAAAUAAUUAGAGUCUACACUUCAACUCUUUUUAUCUAUAACAAAAAGUCCAACUGUCCUGGACUAGGAACAAAACCACACUACUUUAUUAUUAGUUACAUUCCAUUCAAAAAAACAUCUCACUAAGUAAAACAAUCCAAAACACAAUAACAGUUUUGAAGUCAACAACCUGAAUUGUCCCCCUUCUCCUCUACAGUUAACAGGAGACCCAGGCUGACCAGAACUCAGUCCUGACAACUGUAAAUACAAAACACUUAAAUUUCUCGUAAGGGGGGGGGGGGUAAUAAAUUAUAAUAGUAUAAAAAUUGAUUUAGAUCUAGAUUUAUUUUUUAAUUAAAUUUUUUUUUUUUGUAAGCCUAAAGUGUAGUAUUUUUAGAUCUAUGUUAUUAAAAAUAAAAAAAAAUAAAAACUUACUGUUUCUUUUCAAAUCGCAGAAAGUAGAGCUUUAUACCCAUAUUGAGCUGUGAAUAAGUUGGGUGGUUUGCAAUUUCGCGGCUGUGUGUAUGUGUUAAAGUUAAUUUCUAUUAAGUAUUAUUAAUGAGCUAAUUGUCUCACCUAUCUUUUUAUUUAUUUAUUUAUUUUUUUUUUUUUUUGCUGCGUUAUAUCAAUGUUUUCUAACUUAACCUCUCUCAUCCCUCUUUUUGGUUAAAUUUCAUUGUAACCAUUUAAAGACGGGGGAGGGAAAAAAAUGGGAGUGCCAUGAAAGGCCCAUGCCGACCAGCAAAAUGAUAAGGCCAAACACAACCUCGAAGACAUCAAAGCAGUCCAUGCCGCUCGUGCAUAGCAGAAAGUACGGUCUAACGUUUUGCAAAUGAUAAUACGUACAGUGUAUAGAGUAUUUUUCUUGAUAUUCUUGUUGAAUUUCAAACAAAAUUAAUUGUAAUAAGAAUUAAAAAAAAAAAGAACAAGAAAACGUGUUCGGGCUUUUGUGUCUUGCUGCUGUCACUUUUUUUAAAAAAGUUGUCUGCAUUGAAAUUUUUUUUCUAUGGUCGCGACCAGACCGGCCCAUUUGGUAAGGGCCCACCGGGCAUUUGCCCAUAUAGCCAGCCCGCCCCUGGUCGCAGAUCUAGAUAUACAUGCUGUUAUCCUGAGGUCCAUCGUGCGAAGGGCAUAUCCAGUCAGUUGUGUCAUAUAGCCAACUGUAAUUAUACCAAACAAAACAUAUAUAUAUAUAUAUAUAACUAUAGAAAACCAAAUUGUACAUUCACACCAGACUCACUCAUAAUUUACAUGUGAAAAGUUUAUAUCAGAUAGUUUCUAUUUGAUGACUUAAUUACCAUGGGAACAAAAGAUUUUUUUUUGUUUGUUUGUCUUUGCUAUCGGUGAUUGUCUCUCUUUUGUGAUGGUAAAAUCACAAAAUUCUGACCCAAAGGGUGAUUUUUUAUUUCUAGAAUUUUUUAGCUUUUAUGGAUGUUUGUCACAAACAGCUGCCCAAAAGGGGUUUGUUUCUUGCCAAUUAUUUUACCAGCAGCAUUUAGGAUUCUAUGAAGUUUAUUUUUAAUGUUCAGAUCGCCAUACAAGGCAGUGAUAUUAAAACUUAAAAUAUUGCAGAUGUGAGCGUGCUAAAACAUAGCCAAGGCCUUUUCGCUAACAUUAAACGAGGACAUUUUCUCAGUAAUCGUAAUCUUUGUUGCCCUUUUAGCUGAUAUAAUCUAUAUUUGCAGCUAAGUUUCGUCACUGAGAUAUAUAGGUCUAUGAGUUUGAUAUGUUAAUAUUUUAUGCAGCUUUGUGCGAAUUUUCCUGUUUAGAGUUUAUGGAUGAGAUAUUCUUUAUAAAAAAAACAACAAACAAACAAACUGUUUUUCUUAGUCAUAGAGCGAGCUCCAUCUGUUGUUACACUUGCAUCUUGUUUUGAGCAUUAUACCUAACACAGUUCUUCGUAGCAUUGAAUAAAUACUGGCCUAAGAUUGUGUCUCUGAGUGUAUUGAAGUACAGCCAAUAAGAAUAAUCUUUGUUUACUUGAAACAUUUCAAUAAUUUAUACAGAUAUUUAGAAUUAUUUUUAAUAUAUUUGCAUUUUUAUAUGUGUAUACUGUUGGCACACCUAAUUUAUGUAGGUGUCCGCGGGCCGCAUAGAGACAAGGCUGUUUUCAUAGCAUCGUACUGUCACUGUGUAAUGUAAAACCACGCCUACUUCACAUCAACGGUCCAAGCCCUAUAGUAGGCCAGCAUAAGUGUCGUGCGCAGAAACUUCUAAAGCAGUUUAAACCAGUUUUAAUUUAUUAUGGUUAUUUUUAGGUGUAGAUGGCGUCAUAUUUUCUGGCGUCAGCCAAAUUACUCACUAGUCACUCAAAACGCAAUAAGAAAUAUAAUUAUACUGCUUUAUUCAACUUUAAAAAAAAGGAACAACUUUUCCCUUUAGUCUCCAUAGAAAAUAUUUAGAUUCUGAUAUCAAGAAAAUAUGAGUAGUUUUGCAUUUGUAAUUUUGAACUACUUUCUAGGUUUGCAUUAAUACCUGAAAGUAGUACCAACUGACGCAGUUCCGCCCACAACUUCGCUAGCUCAUGGAAAGGAUUGCCAUCUCAAAUUCGUUUUGUGUGAAAUUUUCUGACGUGUGAAACUAUCUAGAUCAAAUUCUUAAGUACAUUUUAUUAAUAUAUAAUGUAGAUCUAAUAUUUUUUAUCAAGAGCUCUUUAUCUAAGUCAUCCAAGCUUCAUUUCAUCAAAUUCAAAUCGAUCAAGUUGAGUUACUGUUAGACUUACUGUGCAUCGAAUUCGAUUGAGAUUCUCAUCAGAUUCAGCAUUGCCAUUGAAAAUGAUUGAUGAUAUUCGGACUGUCUCAUGUGUUUGUGUUUUCAAGUAUUGUUACAAAUACAAUUGUAGUUUCAACGAAAUAAAUUUGGACACUUGUAGGCGUAGACUCGAUCUAGAUUAGAUUCGAGAUCUAAAGUCUAUAUAGAUCUAGGUCUAGGAGAUGAUCCCAAGAAUUCUGACUAUAGAAAUGUGAUUCCUUUUCGCUAAGGAUGUUGGAUAUUAAGAUUAAUAUGCUUGCAAAUCCUAGAUGAUUUAGAUGAGGAAUAUAGACAAGAUCUAGACUAGCUUCAGAGGAAAAGGACAUUUAAUGAUUUAUCAUAAUUCAUAAUUAUGGUUAAAAUCCAGAUAGUCUUAUACUACUUAUAGAUCUAGUGUUAAUUAGACCUUUAUUCCUUUAUUUACUAGACCUAUAUUGCCUAUAUUCUAUAUCUUGAUCUAGAGUAAAGCGUUGGACGGGCAGUCCUGUUCUGCAUACUGUGUCCACACGCUCUUGAUCAGCUUACCGGUUUACCUUAUUAGUCUACUAAAUGUUCCUUAGUUGAAAGUUUACAAAAACACUUGUCUAAUGGAAGCAAUACUAGAUCUAGUGUGUAUAUAAUUUAUCAAACCACCAGAUACAAUAAAAACUAACAGUUAAUUACUUGCACUGAGCUUGUUAGAAGAGUGGACUUAUGCUAGAUUAUGGUCUCAAAGAACCCCACCCCCCAUUGUUUCAUUGAGCUUGUUAGAAGAAUGGAGAUGUUCUGAGUGGGCAAGACUGAAACCACCCUAUUGUUUCUCCUUCACUUCCUCUCAUUCUAAAUUUUUCUCGUAGCAAAGGAAUUUUAAAUUUCUAGUGUGGCCACCUACAGGUAAAACUUUUGUCUUAAAAACCUUGGUGUGACAUCAGUUACAGACGAGAAUGUAGUGUGUGGGAAUGGUGUCAAUGGCCUUUUCUAUCUUUUUGACCUCAUAUUUAAUUUUAAAUAAGUGUAGUAAUACAUUAAUUCAUCUAUUUUUAUACACAAAAGGAUGAGGGAUUCAUUGAUACUAUCAGUUUUCUCUUAUUAGGGUUGGUCGUUACAGAGCUAUAAACAUUGAAACGUGAAAAUGGCUGGUUUGAUUAACUUUAAUUGGUGUUACGUAAGAAGAGUUCACAUUUCCCCUUUAAUUCUAUACCAAAUAAGACAAUUUAUGAUAACAAACGUUAUUGAAUUAUUGAAGUUCAAUCAUAAUUAGGGAGUGAACUAUAAAUGGACAAAAUAAAUAAUUCCGUGGGAACAUGGAAAUUAAUUACGGAGAGGAGUUAAUUUGUUUGAGACCCACGCUUUACUCUAGAUUCUGAUUCUCUUUUACAUUAGAAAAAAAAAUUAUGUUCACUAUUAUCUCUAGCUAGCUUUAUUUAUAAUCGAUAUAUAAAAGUAACUGGAUUCAUAAUAUUUGUAAAUAUGUGAUGUCUGUUGGUGAUUUUUAUACAUAAUAAAAUAAAAACAAAAACAAAAGUGUGUUCAAGUAUAUUUGUUCAUAGAAUCUAGAUCUAUUGUCAUUCUUGUAUUUAUAUUCACAGGUUGAAAGUAUUCUUCAUAGCUAGAUCUAAAGAUCUAGAAAAAGUUUGACAAGCUUUACAAACAUCCUUCACCAGUUUGCACAUGCAUUUGCCAAUAAAAAAUCUCGAAUGGAAGAAAGGUCAUUCGAUAAAAAUUUAGCUGGUUACUUAGCAUGCAUUAAAAAUGAUAUAUUAUAAUACAAUUACUUCAAUUAGAUUAACAAGCUAAAUUUUAUUUGUCCACAUCUAAUUGCAAUACACCUAGAUCUAGAUAUCUACAUGCUUAGGUCUUAACUAAUAAACUUUGUCAAUUUGUCUCUUACAUAAGCCCUUUUUUCAAGCAUUAAAAACAACUGGAUGUUGAGCCUAUUCCUAAAGUACAAAUGUCCUGACAGACAUGCAGCUUCGUUGGAUUGAUUAAGCAAACUCGGGUACCAGUAUAAUAGAAAUUAAAACUGGUAUGUCUUGCUUAUUGUGACACCAGCAAUAAUUUCAAUUUUUGAAAACUAAAAUUAGUUCUUUAUUUUGGUAGGUUUCUGAAUUUUUCGGAUUAAAAAAAUUCUUUUUAGUAUGGUAUAUGAUUUACCUAUUUUUGGAACAUUUAACCUGCAAAGUUAAUGUACAGUUCUAUUCAAGAUGAACCUUAACAGCUCAUCUUUUCAAGCAAUUGCUUUUUUUUUUUGGGUUAAGAACAUGUUAAGUUGUUCCUUUCAGCACACAGUGUAUAUCUUAUAUUUACAAAUUGUAAAAAGUGCCUCUCUUAUAAAAUUUUCUAUUAUUAUUAUUACCGAUUAUAAUAUGGGUACCAUCAAAUGACUUACCUGUAUCAUUAGGGAUGGUAAUUUUUAAAUAUAUCUAGAUUUCUAGCAGUUAUUUUCUUAUCCUUUCCUAGCAACAUGACUCCUUUCAAGAUUUUUGCCUUUAACCUUUAGGUUGUUCUACAGCUCAAGUCAGUGACAUGGAUGUCUAGUUGGAUGAGAAUGUAUUUUGCUUUUGAAUUUGAAAAGAUAUCUAAAGAUGACGGUGGUGUCUCUGUGAUCUACCAAUUAAAAACUUGCUGUUCAGGCUUGAUUUUAAUUAGAAUCCAUAGAAACUAAUUCUAGGCUAUAUCUUUCUAGAUGUUUAUCUAAAAUGUAAAUUUGAAAGAAAAUAUUCUUAUCACAACUUUGGUAUUUUUUUUUUUGUCAAAAAUUUCUUAGGAACUUUAUCUUAAAUGAGUUGCAAUUUUAUGUUCUACAGUUUCAACACCUGCAUAAAGAUUGUUAUAGCCUGUUGCAAUGGAUUAAUUUUUUGGCGUCCUAAUGAGGCAAUUUAUAGGGGUUGUGCAAGAUUGUAAGUUUUUGUGUUGAACAUAAUCAAAGUUGCUGUACCGGUACCUCAGAUAAUUUAAUCUAAGUCUUUCAAUCAACAUGCUCCAACACAUUCUUAAUGUAGUGUAGUGAGAUAAGUACCGUAUUCUGUAAAAAGAAACAUUUUCAUAAGUAUUUCAAUUAAGUUUUAAAGUCAGACUUGAUGUUUUAAAAACAAUAUUGCUUACUGGUUUAACAUUUUCUAUUCUUUAAAAUUCUUUACACAAAAAGUUUACGGGUACAAUUCUUCAAGUGGACUCAAAACUAAAUAGCCUACACAGUGGAUGCCAGCAGUCAUCAAUUCUACCACCUGUAAUAUAGAAAAGGACCUCCUGCUCUUGUCAUAUGCUGUUAGUGGUUUGUGUAUUUAUAAUACAUACAUUUUAUUCAUCAGUUUAUAUGAAAUGGCAUCAUGUCUAAAAAGCACUUAGUAUUACAAUUCUAUUACAGAAUUGUUUUAGGCAAAACAACUCUUAAAAUUUGCUCUUUAAAAAAUGACUUAAUAGUAGGCCUACUAAUGCUGCUGAAGACUGCCAUGUGGAGAAGUGUAAUCUAGAACAAAUGUACAUUCGAUAUGUUAUCAAGAAAAACAAUAUUGAGAGGAUCAACGUUUAAGUCGGACCCUAAGACUUUACAAUUAGCUCAAUGCUCUUUAAUUAUUUUUGAAUGGUACCUUGGAGUGUUUCAGCUUGCGCCAAUGUCUCAAGAACACAGUUGAAGUUGCCAAAAGCUUUCAAUGUUCUACAGUCUCGGUACCUUCUGUCUAAGCUAUUUGUCGCAAUGGAUUAAUUCUUCGAAGUGCUUGCGAACUACAUCUAGGGGGUGUAAAAAAAAAGUUGUAAGUUUUCUGUGUUGUAAAAAAAAUGUGGAAUCUUAAAAGAUAAGCCUAAGGAGGUCUUAUGUUUUUUCUUUUAUAGUUCAGUAUUUGAACAAGAAUAUAAAAAUAUUUCAGCUACUGCUAAUGUAUAGAAAUAAUUUUAUUUUUGUGUGUAGACUGCCAGUACGGUACCGUAUCCAGUAGUAUGUAGAAAGACAAAACUUGCUUCAGUGCAAGCUCACAAGGUCAAUUUUAUAUACCGGUUACGGUACCAGUAUUAAAAAAAAUAGGGGAGUGUCGGGUUGAGAACUGGAAUAGCAGUGUAUAUUUAGUUAUAAUAAUGCUCGUUUUUUUACUACGUGUAAUUCUACAGAAAAGUAAGGUAUUACGGUACAAUUACCCUCUUAUUUUGCUUAGUAAGAUAUUAAACAAAUUACAAAAUGCAUUACUUUUCGACAUUUUCAAAGGAGCUAAAGUCAUAAGUGUCCAGUAAAUGAAAAGAUUCUUCACAAUACAACUGCUGAGAAUCGUCAUUUAUGCGGUACCUGUUAUAAUAUAGAAUCUGCUAUAGUAGUGAGCUAUUUGUUUAUUUUUUUUGAACUUAUUAUACUUAAUGUUCAAUUUAUUGCAUUACGUACAUUUUAUACGAAUUUUAAACAUGGCCUAAAUUGUGCUGAUGUGCCAAAAAUAUUAUGACCGACAAACUGUUCAUUGCUCGGCACUUAGAUCUAAACCAGUGCUUGUUGCUACUAUUGUGCACUUAGAUUGACUUAGAUCUAACCAGUGUUAAUUGUUGUACUGCUUUGCAGUACCGCUCUGUAAGUAAAAAACUUGAUCAACACAAAAAGGUUUUUUUUAAAUCUCAAGUAGGUGUGAUAGGAACUGAUGGAGGCUACACGAUGAUCAUCUAAACAUAGGACGGCAAGAACAGUUGAAAAGAGAUGAUUAAUAAUCCAGCAUUUAAGCUGUACAAGUUGAUUCUACCUUUUAUAGCUACACAGGUCGGCCUUGUAUGGAAAUACGUUUUCAGAAUAAUUUAACAAAUGUUAUUAUCCGAUACCAUCAUUCAUUGCAGAA